UUCGUCUAGCCAAUAGAAGCACGAAGAGAAAAGAAACCGGCAGCUUAUUGAUGACGUAAGUGACCAGAAGCACAAAACCGCGUGAAAAUGCUCUUCUACUCGUUUUUCAAGUCCUUGGUCGGCAAAGAUGUUGUGGUGGAGCUCAAGAAUGACUUGAGCAUAUGUGGAACAUUACACUCAGUUGAUCAGUAUUUGAACAUCAAACUGACAGAUAUCAGUGUCACUGAUCCAGAGAAAUAUCCGCACAUGUUGUCGGUGAAGAACUGCUUUAUCCGUGGAUCGGUGGUGCGGUAUGUACAGCUUCCUGCGGAUGAAGUGGACACACAGCUACUACAGGAUGCUGCACGCAAAGAAGCUAUGCAACAGAAACAAUAAUGCGUUUGCAUUUGAGAAAAGGUUGUUUUGUUGGACUGUUCACACGCGUCAUCUGUGGAGUUUUGUAGGUUAAAUAUCUUUUUCUUUUUUUACCUGGAACUUUAUGUAAAGUUUUUUUUUUUUGCUGUUGUAAUUUUCCUUUUUACCUCUCUUGUCAUGAGGCCCAUUGUUGAGAGUGUGUGACAUUUUUUUCAGUUAGUGGUUGUGUGCUUUUUAAUGAAUCUUAAGAAGGUUCUGUACUGCAUCUAAAUUCUUUGUUUUUCAGGCCUACUGAUACAGUAAUAAAGUAUUUCCUUUCAUCGCCUC